UGGGGUGUGGUCAGGGUGGGGAAGGGUGUGGAGGGGAGGGGAGGGUGAAGAACAACAAUCAGUGCUCAGCUCGGCUCCUGCCCGGCGCGCCCCGGGACCCAGACCCUAGGAGUAAGGUCGGAAGGCAAGGAAUCCGUGAGCGCCACCAAAUGGGCCCUGUCUGGGGUCCGGGCGCGGGUUCAGCUCCCUGCUACUCCUCUCGCCACCGCCCACACACUUCGUCCCUCACUUUCCUAAAACCACCCCGGCUCGGCUCUUGGCAGCGACAGCGGUGGCAGCAGCGACGGCAAAGUGGCGGCGGAGGCCAAGACACCUCGUGGGCUUGUGUCCAUGCCGGGCCUGAGGAAGGGAGAGGCCGGGGAGUGGGGACCCGGGGGUUCCCCGAGAGCGCAGAGGCGACCGUCGGCGGAGGUUCCAGGUCAACUUGUGCCUGCAGCUUUGCUCUUCGCAGUUGGUCCAGUUUUUUUGGGGGGGGGGGAGCGAAGGGGACCCGACAAGCGUGCGGGUGGGCGAUUCUCAGCCCUCCGAAAGCUGGGAACCCCCUCGAUUAUCCGUGCUGCCCCGAGAAACUCCUAGGCUAACAGUGUGAGGUAGCAGAUAAAGCCCUUUCUUCUCCCGGGAAAGUGCAGCGGAGCGCGGUGAGGACCAGCUCAGUGGACUCGGCAGAGGCGGGAGCUGUCCUUAUCAAUUCUAGCUCAUUUCCCUCACCCCGGCCCUGCCUGCUUCCCUGCUUCGCAAACUGUUGGCUUCCCCGUCACCGCUCAGUUUUGCUCAUUUUCCAGAGAUGCCUUCAGACCUGGCAGGAGAAUCCUUUCAGCCCCCCACCCCCGGCCUCCUCUCUCCCGCCCCCCCCCCCCCCCCCCCCGCAUCUCAAAGCGCGGAAGUUCAGACGUGUAUCUCCCCUUCCCUCGCGGGGCGGCAGCGGGGAAGGCGAGGAGGGAGCCGGUGGGGCCACUGGGGCGGCUUUAGAGCCGGAGCCCGGAGGCCCCGAGGGAUUCACGUGAAAGGCUGCGUCUCCCAGGGCAGCAGGAACACAGGCUUUAACUCCAGCAACUGGCCGAGCAGAAAAGGACCCUCUGCCCACAUCCCGCCCGCGCGCCCGCCCGCCCGCCCGGGAGAGCCGCCGCCGCCGCCGCCGCCGCCGCCACCCGGCUCCGAGGGAUCCCGCCGGACCUGCCCCUUCCACUGCGGCUCACUCUCUGCCCUGCCUGGCGCCAGUCCUGGAUCGCCGGCUUCCUAUUUAUACCACACUGGGCUCCUCUCGACUCACUUUACCAUCCCGUUCCAGGCUGGCGACUUCGCUGCUGAGCUGAAACUGCUAAUUUCUGUGACCAGCUUUUUUCUUAGCUGUGAUCUGGAUGAAUGAGUAGCUGUCUCACAGAGAUGACAAAAAUAAACUCUAAUCCCCCCCAAAAUUUCCACUACAUCUUUCUCAUGCAUAGAUUUAUGAUCUUCAAGCGCUCUGUGCAAUAUGCAAACUUUUUUUUGUGUCUGUAUAUAUGCUGUUGUUUCCAGAUUUCACUACAUUGGUAUGCUGCUCCCCCACCCCCACCCCCACCCCAUGAAAUGCAGAAACCGUCUGAUCUCAAAGUAUGCCAGGAUGCCACUUUCUAGUGUCUUGAUAUUUGGGGUUUGUGUCUGAUUUGAAAGACACUGGCCCUCGCCUAAGAGGUGAGUGGCUGAGUGUACAAACUGGAGGGGGGGGCGUGGGGUGGGAAAUUAGAACUAGUAGGACGGAAUAGAGGACAGCCCUUCUCUUUACGUGUGUUUCCCUGUACUAUUCAAGCUUUCUGAUCUUGUUGGAAAACAUAUUUUCUCUAUUAUUUUGUCUGGUUAAGCAACCAUCUCGGAACUUCUGUGUCAGCUCUUCAACAGAUAAGGGUUCAGAAGUCACAUUUUUUUUUUUUAAUUGAAAGAUUAUCAUAUUGUCAGAUAUGUCUUUCAAUUAGGAGUGUUUGAUUUGCAGGAGCUAGAGAGUCAAGUGCUAGGAAGCCCAGCUGCAAUUUCACAAAUGUAACCUUUAAACUUUGGACCUCAUCUGGUGUAUAAGGAUGACCACAUAAACCUCACAUUUUUGACCCUGCUUAGCAUGCAGAACGAAGCCCAGAAUGAUUCUGGAAUUUCAGCUGUACCAGAGAUUCAUGAGUAUUUUGGUAGAGGACAUGUUCUCUAGACUCAUUUCAUGAUGUAUUGCGCCCUUACAUUUAUAGCCCUGCAUUUUGGUUGUCAAUGGGGGUUGGGGUUGGAGGUGUCCAAGAAAGAAAGAAGGGGGGUGGGGGGAAGAAGAAGAAGAAGAAGAAGAAGAAGAAGAAGAAGAAGAAGAGGAAGAAGGCAUGCCCUUGAAUAAAAGGAACAUGAAAGAAAGCUGGAUAUGAGCUAAAUUGAGUUUUCUUUGCCAUUAAAGAUAUGAAUAUGAUUCAUUCUAAUUCAUAUGUGCUCUGAUUAGUAAACUUAUUAAAAUACACAUCAGGGCACCACUGAAAGGCUGUCUUUCCACCUUCCCUUUUGAUUUGUGAGAGAUGGAAAGAAACCUGCUUAAAUGGGGGGGGGGAGAAACUGAAAAUUCUUUGGUUUAGAAAUAGGGAAUUCCCCAUUUAGAAUAAUAAACAUUAACGUGCAUGUGGGAUAUUUGCUCUUCAAUAAAUGAAGAAAGAUCCAACUGAAGAAUUUUACUCCUCACAAAGGCCCUUCUCCAUCAAGGUCCUGGGUUGUCUGAGAGUAAGAUACUUUAUUCAGAUCUUGUUGAGAUGCUGCAUUUGAUAUUCAUAUGCAUAACAAAAAGCUCAAAUACAUGGUAAAGUAAUAGAAAAGGAUUUUUUGUUUAGAGCAGGGAAAAGAAAGAGAAUAGAUUAUCCAAAUAUUCUGGCCCUACUAUUUGUUUUGAAUUUUUCCUUUUUGAAUUUCCCCUAUUUAGGUCCUGAACAAGAAGAUUGUGUAAAUGUAAUAUACAGUCUUUUUGUUGAUUGGGGGGGGGGGUCUGUGUCAUUAGCAAUUAAAGCUAUCAAGUAUGUGGAGUAUCACCAAAUUCUCAUAAAUUGAAAGUAUAAUUUGUAUAGUAUGCUUUUGAUGUUUAUCUUGUAUGAGCUUCCAUUAAAGUAUUUGGAACUAAA